GUACCUUGCCCCUUUCAGGUCAGUGUUGUUGUUGUCGUACGGAAUCGAGACAGAUAUUAUAAAGAAGGACCAAGAUCGGACAGUUGUAUAAGGGUAAAUGAAACAACAUUCGGUCGCAGUAAUUUUACCGUCUGCUGCUGCUCAAGUUCAGUCGAAGAUGAGCCUCCGAUCAAAAUCGACAGUUAUUGUACAAAUCGCUCUUUCUUGCUCUCGUCAGAAGAUUUAAGACGGGUUCUCUCUUCAUGGAAAUCAAUAUUACACAAGGAUGUCUUGAUCAAUAGGAUUUUAAAAAAUAUACUGCUGUCAAGCGACAAUAUCAGACAAGUGUUCCGGUUGCAUAUGUGUUCAGUCGAAGAUCUUGACAGACAUCCAAGGUUCGAACGACAUUGCAAGAGUUUGCUUUUGUUCAUGAACAUAAUCAUACUGAAGCUUAAAACAGGUCCCAACAAACUAAUAGAUUUGACUCAGGAAGUGGGUCAGAAGCACGUAAGUUUCCGCGAAGUUGUUUUUGAUGCCGAAUAUUGGCUGACGUUCAAACGCGCGAUUCACGAGGACGAAAAGGACCGCCAAUUAACGAAGGAAGCGUGGAAUCGACUUAUGACUUUCCUCAUCCUUGAAAUCAAAGAUGCCUUUCUCAAGCACAUCCAAGUACGUGGUCCUGGCUUUGGUGACAAACUUAUGCAAAUGGAUCUGCUACAAGAAACUCUACAACAGGAACUGAAUGGAAGUCACCAAAUUUUGCGCAGUUUAAGUAUCGCAUGA